UGUGUGUGUGUCCAGGUGAUGGAGGUGUACCGACCCAGUGCAGUGGUGUUGCAGUGUGGAGCUGACUCACUGGCUGGAGACCGCCUCGGAUGUUUCAACCUCUCUCUUAAAGGUUGCUCUACAGUACACUGCAUGUGUCAACUACGAGAGGCAAAGGCACAACAAAAUACACGUCAACUACACCCAGGAUUGAGGAACAGCAAUGUGCAAAAGACUUUUCUCCGAAACUCUACUGAAUCACAGAAUCACAUACAUACACACAUACAUACAUAUAUGUCUCUCCCUCUACUGAAUUACAUACAUAAUUAUGUCUUUCUCUAUUUCACAGUAAUCUGUCUCCCCUCUCUCCACAGGUCAUGCUGAGUGUGUGGACUUCAUCCGUCGCUACAACCUCCCUCUCCUGCUCCUCGGAGGAGGCGGCUACACCAUCAGGAACGUGGCCCGCUGCUGGACCUACGAGACUGCCGUCGCUCUCAACUGUGACAUCGCCAAUGAACUUCCCUACAACGACUACUUCGAGUACUAUGGACCGGACUUCAAACUCCACAUCAGUCCCACCAACAUGACCAAUCAGAACACACCUGAAUACCUCAACAAGAUCAAGUACGUAAUAUGUCUGUGGACUGAAGAUAGCGCUAAACAAAGUACAAACAAAAUGGCCC